AUGUCUUGUGAGUGGACGCGGCUUACUUGGUUUAACUCUAGUUUGGCUCUUAGGACUGGAGAAGUCAGUGAAGAUGUAGGAUGUUGGAUUUUAAGCUUACACAAGCUUCUGCCCAAAGAUGAUUUUGACCUCCUUGUCAUGACCCUCUGGAGCAUAUGGAAAACCCGAAAUGACUGUUUGUUCAACAAAGCAAAACCUGAUGGCCCGAAGACCUUGUUGAUUGCGCAGGAGCUGAGAGCAGAAUGGCUGAGUUGCCAAGAUCCUAAGGGUAGUAAGGACCAAGCUCAACCUCAACCUUGUUGGAAAGCUCCCCCAACUGGUACUUUGAAAGUUAAUAUGGAUGUUGGGUGGUCAGGUUGCAAGGGUACAGGCUUUGGUUUGGUUAUUAGGGAUGAGAAAGGAUCUUUUCAGGCUGUAGCCUCUCAUUAUGUUGAUCACAGGAUGGAUCCAAUUCCGGCAGAAACUUUGUGUCUCAGAUGGUGUUUGCAGAUGGUUGGAGAAUGGAAUUUGGAUCACCUAAUCAUUUCCUCUGAUUGCCACUAUUAG